AUGGCGCCGGUGAAGGUGUUCGGAUCGGCGGUGUUCGCCAACGCGGCGAGGGUCAUGGCGUGCCUGGAGGAAGUUGGCGUCGAGUAUGAGGUCGUCGAGGUCGACUACACGGCCAAGGAACACAAGGGGCCCCAACACCUCUCCAAAAACCCGUUUGGGAAGAUCCCUGCUCUGCAAGAUGGCGACCUUAUCCUGUUUGAGUCGCGCCCAAUUGCGAAGUACAUCCUCCGCAAGUUCAAGUCAAGUGAGGUGGAUCUCCUGAAGGAGGGGGACAUCGCGGGGGCGGCCAUGGUAGACGUAUGGGCUGAGGUCGAGGCGCAGCAGUAUUACCCUGCCCUCUCGCCUGUAGUUGUCGAGUGCAUCAUCUUCCCCGUCAUGCGCGGCACCACCACUGACCAGAAGGUCGUGGACGAGAGCCUGGACAAGCUGAAGAAGCUGCUAGAGGUGUACGAGGCGCGCCUGUCGGAGCACAAGUAUCUGGCCGGGGAUUUCUUCAGCUUCGCGGACCUCAACCAUUUCCCCUUCACCUUCUACUUCAUGGCGACGCCGUACGCGUCCGUGUUCGACGCGUACCCUCGCGUGAAGGCGUGGUGGCAGAGCAUCAUGUCCAGGCCGUCCAUCAAGAAGAUAGCUGCAAAUAUGCCGACCAUGUUUUAG